CUGGUCACGUAGCCGGCCGCCUUCUUCCGUUCACGACGGCCCCGGGGCACCAUCGGCGGCGGCAGCAGCAGCAGCGGCAGCCUCUUCUCUCGAGAACAAAGACGAACACGGACGGAGGAGAGAGACAGAGAGAUAAGAAGACGACGACGAGUAUAGCACUAGAGAGAGCGAGCGAGCGAGAGCAAAGGGGACGACGGCGUCAGCCCGCUCCGGAAACAUUCCAUUCACGUCGCUGGAAGUGACAUCGGCGGGGAGCCGGGCCGGAAGCCGCGUGGAGUCUCAAGCCCGCGUCCACCCACCACACCGAGGCGGUACCGUCCACCCGCUGUGGUCCACCAGCCGUAGUCCACCAGCCUUGCCCGUUAAGCGGCCUGGUCCACCACCGCCACCAACAUCAACAAACAACGACAACUCCCCUCAGUUCUAAUAGGCGAGCAACGCGAUUCUGCUUCUCCGCCUUCCACAAGGCAGGACCUCCACCUCGAGCACGGAAUAAACACCGGCGCAAGUGACGAGAUGGAGCCGGAACUCGAUGGGCCCGAGGUGGUGGCCGGGGCACCGGAGGCGGCGACGGUGGAGGAGGGCGCCGCCACCAUGUUCGGCUCGCUGGACCUCCUGCUGCUGUCGACGAUCGUGGGCUUCUUCAUCUACUGGUUCUUCUUCCGCCAGCCCAAGGAGGAGGUGCAGGAGCUCAAGAAGCUUCAAAUCCCGACCACGGCGCCCAGGGAGACGAGCUUCUUCAACAAGAUGGUGAAAACGGGCCGCAACGUGGUGGUGUUCUACGGCUCGCAGACAGGCACGGCAGAGGAGUUCGCCGGACGCCUUGCCAAGGACGCCCAGCGCUAUGGCAUGAAGGGCAUGCCCGCCGACCCUGAGGAGUUUGACUUGUCGGAGCUGCCCCAGCUGACGAAGAUCGAGAACUCGCUGGCGGUCUUCUGCAUGGCCACGUACGGCGAGGGCGACCCGACGGACAACGCGCAGGAGUUCUACGACCUCCUGCAGGAGGGUUCGCUCGAGCUCGCCGGGGUCAAGUACGCGGUGUUCGGUCUGGGCAACAAGACGUACGAACACUUCAACGCUAUGGGCAAAUACCUGGACAAGCGGCUGGAGGAGCUGGGGGCCGAGAGAAUCUUCGAGCUGGGAUCCGGGGACGACGACGCCAACCUGGAGGAGGACUUCAUCACGUGGAAGGAGCGCUUCUGGCCGGCCGUGUGCGAGUAUUUCGGGGUGGAGCCGACGGGAGACGACGCCAGCAUCCGGCAGUACGAGUUGGUGAUUGACGCCGACGUGAACAGCAACAAGGUGUUCGCCGGGGAGAUGAGCCGCCUCAAGUCCUACGAGACCCAGAAACCGCCGUUUGAUGCCAAGAACCCGUACCUGUCGCCCGUCACCGUGAACCGAAAAACCAACCGCGGCAACGAUCGCCACUUCAUGCACCUGGAGCUCGACAUCUCGGGAUCGAAGAUGCGCUACGAGGCGGGCGACCACGUGGCCGUGUUCCCCACCAACGACGGCGCCCUCGUCGAGGAGCUGGCGCGUCUCCUUGGCGCCGACCUCGACACCGUUUUUUCGCUCAACAACCUUGACGAGGAGUCGAACAAGAAGCAUCCCUUCCCCUGCCCCACCACGUACCGCACGGCCCUGCUGCACUACCUGGACAUCACCAACCCGCCGCGCACCAACGUGCUCUACGAGCUGGCGCAGUACGCGUCCGACCCCAAGGAGCAGGAGUUCCUGCGCCGCAUGGCCUCCUCCGCCGUCGAGUGCAAGACCCAGUACCAGAACUGGGUGCUGGACGAGCGGCGGCACAUCCUGGCCAUCCUGCAGGACCUCCCCUCCGUCAAGCCUCCCAUCGACCACCUGUGCGAGCUGCUGCCGCGACUGCAGGCGCGCUACUACUCCAUCGCCUCCUCGGCCAAGGUUUUCCCCGACAGCAUCCACAUCUGCGCCGUGCUGGUGGAGUACAAGACUCGCUUGGGGCGCACGAACCGCGGCGUGGCCACCAGCUGGCUGCAGGGGCGCUGCCCCUCGCAGAACGGGCACAAGCCCACGGUGCCCGCGUACGUGCGCAAGUCCCAGUUCCGGCUGCCCUACAAGCCCAGCUCGCCCAUCAUCAUGAUCGGGCCCGGCACAGGCCUUGCGCCCUUCCUGGGAUUCAUCCAGGAGCGCGAGUGGCAGAAGCAGCAAGGCAAGGAGGUGGGAGAGACGGUUCUCUACUUCGGCUGCCGUAAUCGCAGCACGGACUUCAUCUACGAGGAGGAGCUCGAGGCCUUCAAGGAGAGGGGCGUCCUCACGCAGCUCCACGUGGCCUACUCCCGCGACCAGGAGGAAAAGGUGUACGUCCAGCACCUGCUCACAAAGAACAAGGAGAACAUCUGGCAGCUUCUGCAAAGCAACGCACACAUCUACGUUUGUGGAGACGCCAAGAACAUGGCGCGGGACGUGCAGGCGGCCAUCUCGGAGGUCGUGUCGGAGUGCGGCGGCCUGACGCAGCAGCAGGCCCUGGACUUUGUGAAGAAGCUGCAGACCAAGGGGCGCUACUCGAGCGACGUGUGGAGCUGAGCGCGGCGACGCAGCUCGGGACAAGUUCCCCCCCGUUGAGGCGCGUGGAGCGGCAGAAGGGCGUUUAAUUUGGAAUUAACGAUCGAUCAUCCAACUAAUCUAUCUAACCGGGCAGUCCCAAUGGGGUUAUGCUGUCAAGUUGACGUUUUGACAACUUAUUCAAUUGCCCAAUCGCCAUUCGGCACUAAAGGCGUUGUGUGGCUCUAAUUUUACGUGGUGAGCACCGUCGUUACACGCCGGGUAAAAAGGAUGUUUUUUUAUCAUUUAAAAUUUGGACUUUUCAGAUUUUUAUUGGCUGCAGGUGUUCAGCCCUAAUCGUUUUUAUUGUUGCUGAAAUGCCUACGAAGCUCUCGAAAGCAAAACUUUUUUUUAACCAAUCUUAGUAACUGUCACACCCCCCCCCGCCCGACCCUGACGGCGAGGAAAGUAAAUUGGACGCGGCCGUUCUACGCCGUCCGGCCGGCAGAGGACACGAGACUGUGAUCCUCUAACUCGGGAACCCCCCCCCCACCCCCUGCCAACUCAUUCCCACACCCCCUGCCCCCAAACGGCGGCAGCAUCAGCCGCUCACGUGAGGAGUGCCUUUUUAAAAUGGUGUUUAAAUUACACGCUCACGCUCUCCUUUAGAAACGGUGCAAUCUGCGUUGUGCGAGCAAAACCCCAAUCGCGGAAACCCGCGUCGAUCCGCGUGGUCGGCCGAACGAACGGGAAACGCAAUGGCCGGGCGAGGUUUGUUUUGAGAUGCCGCGCGCGACUCGCAAUCGUGGCCAACGGAUACCUAGCGCAAUCGUUUGCUUUUUAGAAGUUCCACGCAACCCGAAUAAAAAAAUAUUUUUUUAACGGAGCGAACGUAUUCCACUGGUGGAGUCAACAACGCAAGCAGUGCUACGGCAGAGGUGCGAACCCGUUCACGGUCGUGAGCGGCGGUAGCGUCGACGCCGCCUGUGAUAUUUACAAUGCUACAGAGCACUUUUGAUCAUUUGUCAGAGGGAAUCCUGUUAUAGCGUUGGUCUUUCAUCAGUAACUGAAAUAGCAUUUUAUACAAAACUGGCAGUGCAAUGUGUCGUAUGUGUGUCAAGAAUGAAGAGUAGCCGUUAAGUUUAGAGUCUGUAAAUGCUGUGCUAAGGUAGGCGUGCGCUAAGAUGAAAGGGAGAGCGGCAGCUGCUUAUUCUAAGUCAAAUCUGUCGGCGGUUCUUAAUUGUCGUACGCUCCGAUCGGCUGUGGUUUUAUUUUUGGACGGAUUUACAUGUACACUUUGUUUUAACGUUCCGCAAAAAUUAUUUUAAUGUGAAAUAAAGGUCUGUUUAACGAAA